AAGAAACCUCCAAGGAUGACAGAGGAAUGGGAAUGAGGGAGAGGAAUGCUGGACAGUUCUACCAUGUGUGUGACAAAGAUGACAGUGGCACAGCUGUUGCAAGGGCUGGAGAGGAAUUGCACCCGCUUGACAUGUGGGUCAUGGACUCUGGUGCUGCCUGGACAAUGACACCACGCAAAGACUUGCUGGAUGCUGUGCGAGCGCCUCCAAUCUCCGAAGUGCGCUCAGCAUCCGGACAUGCAGUGAAGGUCGCUGGAGUUGGUCGAGCUGCAUUCAGAGCACCUGAUGGUGGACUGGUUGUGCUGAAGGACGUGUUACUCGUACCGGGGCUGAAGGCCAAUCUGAUAUCGCUGCGCAAGCUAGGCCAGGCCGGAGUCAGCACCACCACCAAUGGAUCCAAAACAUUCAAGGGGCUGCGAGGAGAUCGUGUGCUAUGGGAUUUACACGAAAGCAGAGAUGUCUUGAGAUCCAUGUGGCAGAUCCCUGCACUGAUAUGGGAAUCAACAAAGAAGGAGGUGGGAGCAGUAAAGGCGGGAUCUGGAGUCCAGGGGGAGUGCAAUGCAGUUAGUGCUGCAGGAGUGAUAGUUUCUGCAAGGUUGGGGGAGACUGAUUGGGAAACCGCACACAGGCGUCUAGGGCAUGUGGCCAUGCCAUUGCUGCAGCAACUGCAUAAGGAAGAAGCAGUAAAGGGGCUGAAGCUUUCUGGGCAACCAAAUGAUACCAAGUGCGAGACGUGUCUGCUGAGCAAGUUCACACGGUUCCCCUUUCACGGCGUAGCUGGGAAAAGCAAGGCAGCACUGGAACUGGUGCACAUGGACCUGGUAGGACCUUUCCAGUUCAAGGAAAGAAGGGGGAAAGAUACUUCCUAACAAUAGUUGAUGACUGGAGUCGGCUGAUGUGGGUAUACCCGUUGAAGCAGAAGGAUCAUGCUGCCUCAACAAUACGAGAUGACUGGCUCC